AUGUACUCCAGCCUGACCCAACCCACAAGCGAACAAAAUAGUGACCAAUCUAACAGUGGGACAUGGAUGGGGAUUACGCGAGCCGGCAAAGUCGCCGUGCUGACCAACUACCGCGAGAGCACGUCGGACGCCGCAAUAGGACAGCAGUCCCGCGGUGCCAUUGUCAAUAGUUGGCUUACUAGAUCCAAAGGAGACGGAGGCGCAGAUGCAGACGCCACGAAGACAUACGUUGAGGAAAUGGUCGCCAGCCCAACGGCCCGCAGUGUCGGCGGAUUCAGCCUUGUUUGUGGGUACGUGAAUGAGCCAUUGGCGAUUGUGUCGAACAGGUCAAGUACCAUGGACCAAAUUACAUGGAUUGCGGAGAAGAAGGGGCAGACGAAGGGGUUGAGUAAUACUGUUUUUGACGAUCGGAGUUGGCCGAAGAUCUUGGAUGGUGAGAGGCUGGUGGGGGAGGCGCUCAAGAAGCAUGUAGAGGAGGGAGAGGGAGAGAAAGAGCUGAUUGAGAGGCUACUGGACGUGCUGAAUACGAACUCGCUGCCCGAGUUGAAAGGCGAUGCGACGGCGGAGGAUUAUUUACCAUAUUUCAGGCAGAGCAUUUUCAUACCGCUUAUUGGGACGAGGGAUAAGACGGGUUCAAAGUUUCCUGCUGCGGCUGCGGAGAUUCUGGAGCCGGGGUCGACACCAUCCGUCUGUGCUGAAGGGCACAGCAACGGAGUGGCAUUGGAUCCAGCAAUUGUGAAGGAGGCCAAUCCCGGAAACGAUGUAAUCGACCAGUCGUACCUGCAUGGUCCAUACGGGACACAGAAACAAACGAUUAUCCUGGUGACCAAGGAAGGCCGAGUGAGAUACUUUGAACGGACCCUCUACGACCAGGAAGCCAAGGCUGUUCCUAUCGGUCACGGAGACAGGUCGUUUGAAUUCCAGGUGGCGCGAUGAACCAAGCCAUUGGAACAGCUACUCAUGCGUUCUUCGAUGUCCAUAGUUCCCUCGACUUGUCUCCUCUCAACUAUAAUGAUUUAUGGGUUACGGGUUACGACGAGCCUAUGCUAUAGACAUUUGUAUAUGACUAUAUCUGAAUAAGCACUCCUCCACUAUG